GUACUUACGAGAAAAUUACUGGCUUUUCAUACAAUAAACGGGAAAAUUGGCAGGGAAAAUUUUUGUGACGACGGUAAAAUGUGAUGAAUGGACGAAAUUUCUCAAAUUGUCUUGCAUGAGUACGGCUGGCAGAACAGAACAGCCAUAGAUUUUUUUCUGAAAGGUUGUUCCUUUCAAAUAAAGGAACAAUUAGGGAUGAGUUUGUUGCUGCAACUAGUUUGCAAUUGUAGAAAAUGGCGGAUCAGCGCCAGCUUCAUGUGUUGAUGUUUCCUUGGCUUGCCCACGGCCACAUUACACCUUUUCUAGAGCUGGCCAAGAGCCUCCAGAGUCAUGGUCUAAAAAUUUCAUUUCUCUCCACUCCGCUAAACAUUGAAAGGAUUAGACACCAAAUAUCAGAACUGCAGCCCUCGCCUGAAAUUGAUCUAGUGCAGUUACCCAUGCCUGCGGUCGCUGGUCUGCCCACGGGCGUUGAGUCCACCUCAGAUUUAUCCAAGAUUGGAGCUUUAAACCUAAUACCGCUACUCUUUAAAGCCCUAGAUCUUUGCGAGAAGCCUUUCGAAACGCUACUGAAAUUGCUUUCCCCUGAUUUUGUGAUACAUGACAUGGUGCAGUACUGGGCUCCUCGGGUUGCAGCCAAGCUUGGAAUUCCAGCAAUAAAUUUCGUGGUGCUAACCGCCGCGAGCAUGAGUUUCACGGCAGGGCAUUACAGGCACCGAUUGCAACAGAUCCUAAAGGCAGAAGAUCUGACCGUACCGCCUCUAGGGUUUCCUUCAUCGGCCGUCCGCCGCCGACUCUUUGAAGCGCGGAAGACCCUGUUUUCGUACCAGAACAAGCAAGACGGUGAGGGCAUCACCUUCAUGGACCGCCGUGCCAUCGCUGUGGAGGAGAGCUGGGCAGCUGCGUGCAAUACUGACCUAGAAUUGGAAGGUAAAUUUGCAAAAUAUUUUGAAGCAAGCACCGGGCGGCCCGUCUUUCCGGUCGGAAUUCUGAUGCACGAUUUACCGCCGCGGCCGGUUGCUGACCCGUGCUUGGCCUGGCUGGACCAACAACCGGCUCGCUCAGUCGUCUUUGCGUCCUUCGGCAGCGAAUGUGCUCUCACCCGCCAUCAGGUCACCGCUUUAGUUUUAGGGUUGGAAGAAAGUGAGAUCCCAUUCCUGUGUAUUCUCAUCGGCCAUGAUGUGGCUGCGCUUCCUCCAGAAUUUGAGGCUCGCACACGUGGAAGAGGGCUUGUGGUAACAGAGUGGGCUCCACAGGUGCACAUUUUGGGUCAUCCUUCCACGGGAGCAUCUCUUACACAUUGUGGGUGGACUUCUAUUACAGAAGGUUUAAGAUUUGGAGUUCCCUUCGUCGCUCUUCCAAUGCAGUAUGACCAAGGUUUGAAUGCCAGGCUGAUCUCUGAGGAAUUCAAGGUGGGAGAGGAGGUGAGGAGAAAUGAGGAGGAUGGUUCCUUUACCAAGGAAGAUAUCGCUAGAGCUGUCCGAGUUGUGAUGGUGGAGGAGGAAGGCAAUAAGAUUAAAUCCAAUGUUGAAGAGAUUAGCAGGUUCCUGACCAAGGAUGAUUGCCAAGUUCACCGAACAAACAUGCACGACUUUGUCUCUGCGCUAAAACAGAAAGCCUCAAAAAAGCAAAAUAUUUGAUAUUAUAGGUUCGAUGUUGUUGCGUUCGCUUAAGAAUGAGGUGAAUGGUAUAAAAGGAAUGCAAAUUUACAUUACCUAAUCCAGUGUCACAGGGUGAUAAAUGUUUGUGUCAGAGAGUGAUAAGUGUUUGUUUUCUUUGGUAUGAUUUAAUAAAAUUAUUUUCUAUGGUAUGAUUUAAUAAAAUUUAUUUGCUGUUGAU